GAUUUGUGAUGUGAAUUUGCUCUUUCUGUCUCUUCUCCUGUGCCCCCGCCCCCUUUCUAGGCAAGUACGGGAGAGACUGAAGAACCAAGUGGCGAACCUGAAGGAGACAGCCCCGGGAUUCAGGCCAGGACUUGCGAUUUUGCAGGUUGGCGAUCGGGAUGAUUCAAAUCUCUACAUUAGCAUGAAGCUGAAGGCGGCGGCUGAGAUCGGGAUCAACGCCAAUCACAUCAAGCUGCCAAAUAGUGCAUCAGAAGCGGAGGUGCUGAGGUGCAUUCAUGCACUGAACGAAGAUCCGGCCAUUCAUGGAUUUAUCGUGCAGCUGCCUCUGGAUUCGAACAAGCCCAUCAACACUGAGAAAAUAACCAACGCUGUGGCACCCGAGAAGGACGUGGAUGGCUUGAGCAGCAUCAACGCAGGGAAGCUUUCGCGAGGUGACCUCGGAGACUGUUUCAUCCCCUGCACACCCAAAGGGUGUAUGGAACUCAUCAGGCAAACGGGUAUCCAAGUGGCGGGCAAGAGAGCCGUGGUGAUUGGGCGGAGUAAGAUAGUCGGCGCGCCGAUGCAUGACCUGCUGCUCUGGAACCAUGCCACCGUGACCACGUGUCACUCCAAGACGGCAUCACUGGCUGAGGAAGUCAGCAAAGCGGAUAUCUUGGUAGUUGCAGCUGGCAAAGCCGAGAUGGUGAAAGGGGAGUGGAUUAAGCCUGGCGCGGUCGUGAUAGAUUGCGGGAUCAACCACAUACCAGAUAGCACAAAGGCCAGUGGGAAAAGGGUAGUUGGUGAUGUGGCUUACGCUGCAGCCAAGGAGAGGGCCUCUUACAUCACCCCAGUGCCUGGUGGGGUCGGACCAAUGACUGUGGCCAUGCUGAUGCAGAGCACCGUAGAAAGCGCCCAGCGUUUCGUAGAGAAAUACCGGCCUGGCAAGUGGAAUAUUCAGUACAACCAGCUCAUUCCCAAAAUCCCCGUCCCAAGUGACAUCGAAGUCUCUCGGUCGUGCGUUCCCAAGCCCGUUGGCCAGCUGGCCAGAGAGAUCGGCUUGCUCUCCGACGAGGUGGAGCUCUACGGUCAGAACAAGGCCAAGAUUUUGCUUUCGACCCUGGAACGCCUGAAAGCCCAGCCAGAUGGCAAAUACGUUGUCGUCACAGGGAUAACCCCCACGCCUCUGGGCGAAGGGAAGAGCACCACGACGAUCGGGCUGGUCCAGGCCCUGGGAGUGCACCUGGGUCGGAAUGCCUUCGCCUGUGUCCGGCAGCCAUCACAGGGACCCACUUUCGGGAUCAAAGGGGGUGCUGCCGGAGGGGGCUAUUCUCAGGUUGUUCCUAUGGAGGAGUUCAAUCUCCAUCUCACUGGUGACAUUCAUGCCAUUACGGCAGCCAAUAACCUGGUGGCUGCCGCCAUCGAUGCCCGCAUUUUUCAUGAAGCGACACAAUCCGAUCAGGCUCUUUACUCUCGCUUGGUUCCUUCAGUCGACGGCGCCAGGAAGUUUUCCGAUAUCCAGAUCCGGAGACUGCAGAGAUUACGUAUUAACAAAACGGACCCAGACACUUUGACGGCAGGCGAAAUAAAGAAAUUUGUGAGACUGGAUAUUGAUCCAGAGAGCAUAACGUGGGCAAGAGUGUUGGACACCAGUGACCGGUUUCUGCGGAAGAUCACUAUCGGCCAGUCUCCGACAGAGAAAGGGCAUAGCCGCACAACGCAGUUUGACAUCACGGUAGCCAGUGAGAUCAUGGCUGUUUUAGCGCUCACGGACAGCCUGGAAGAUAUGAGGAGACGCCUGGCCCGAAUGGUGGUCGCUUCCAGUAGGGAAGGUAUCCCAGUUACCACAGAAGAUCUGGGAGUGAGUGGUGCUCUAACGGUUCUGAUGAAAGACGCUAUUAAGCCAAAUCUCAUGCAGAGUUUGGAGGGCGACCCGGUGUUCGUCCACGCUGGGCCGUUUGCCAACAUCGCUCAUGGCAACUCUUCCGUCCUGGCAGACAAGAUCGCCCUCAAGCUGGUUGGCAAGGAAGGGUUUGUGGUGACAGAAGCUGGCUUCGGAGCGGAUAUAGGCAUGGAGAAGUUCUUCGACAUCAAGUGUCGGUACUCUGGCCUCCAGCCCCACGUGGCCGUCUUGGUUGCCACCGUCCGAGCUCUAAAGAUGCACGGUGGAGGGCCCACGGUCACAGCCGGGGUCCCCUUGCCAAAGGAAUACACAGAAGAGAACCUUCAGCUUCUGGCAAAGGGCUGUUGUAACUUGAGCAAGCAGAUCCAGAAUGCCCGGACCUUUGGCGUCCCAGUCGUGGUGGCGGUCAACGCCUUCAAGUAA